CCCGUGGCAUUCAGCAGGCUGCAGUCAGACAAGCUCAUCGCAAACAUGAGCCCAGCUUCCAUGAUAAACACGGAAACCUGGUGCUCAUUGGUGGAGCCGUGGUUUUUACUGCUGUCUGGGGAUACGUGUUAACACAACUUGGUAUUGAGUGGGGCUUCUCGCCUGUGGGCAGAGUCACUCCAAAAGAAUGGAGGCAGUAA